AUGAUUAACUAAUUGCUUUUCGUAUCAUUCUUGUUCUUAACUAAUGGAGUUGGAUUAUUUGAAUAAUACUAUCCAUUAGCCGAUGAGAUAGCCAAGUCUAUGUCUUUGCAGUAAAAGAUAGGUCAAACAUUGUAAGUUGAUAUUACAAGCUUUAAUGAUGAACAAGGGAAUACCCAUUAUGAACAAAUAUCUUAACACUUCUUGGGUUCCAUAUUAGUAGGUGGUAAUGGAUGUCCAGAUGGUAGAGGAAACAUAAUUGCAUCAGACAAUUGUUUCUAAGCAACUAAUGCUAAUUGGAGAGAUGUAGCUUAAAGAAGCUUGAAAUAGAAGGUAGUUGUAAAUGUUCCUGGUCACGGGGAAACAUAAAUAAAUUUAUUAUUGGGUACAGAUGCUGUUCAUGGAAACCAACACUCUGUUGGAGCAGUUCUUUUCCCACACAAUAUAGGUUUGGCUGCUAGUCACAAUGUAGAAAAUUAUAUCAAAGCUGCUUAUUGGACUAAACAAAGUAUUUUGGAUUGUGGUUUUAACUUUGCCUUUGCCCCAACUGUGGCUGUUUCCCAUAAUCCAAAAUGGGGACGAUUUUAUGAAACCUAAGGGGCAGAUCCUAAAUUCGUUAAAGAAAUUGGUAAGGCAUAUAUAAAGGAGUUAUAAGAUGAUGAUGGAAAAAAAAUAAAAGGAAUAUUGGGAUCAACAAAACAUUAUUUUGGUGAUGGUGCAACUUAUAAUGGAUAUGAUGAAGGUAAUUGUAGAGUUGAGAAUUUUGAUGUUUUUUAUAACAAUAAUAUUUAAGGAUAUAUUGGAGCUUUGGAAGCUAAUACAGGAACAAUUAUGGUUAGUUAUAGUGCUAUUAAUGAAUUACCAAUGAGUAUUAGUGAUUUAAUUAAUGUUGAUUUGAAAUAACAAUAGAAAUUUGAUGGUUUUAUUAUUAGUGAUUAUAAUGCUGCAAUCAAAGUAGCAUAUUAAGGUUUACCUACAACUCAUGCAAAAAUGUCAAUUGAAGAUGCAUACACUAAAUCAUUUAAUGCUGGAAUGGAUAUGUAAAUGGUAGAUGGUGCUGUAGGAUGGUAUGAGGAAGUUAUGAAUAAUAUCAUAGCAUAAGGUAGAAUUUCAACAGAAAGAUUGAAUGAUGCUGUCAAAAGAAUAUUGGCAGUUAAACUGGCUAUGAAUUUAAUUGAUGUACCUGAAACAUUGGCUAAGAAAUAUAAUUAUACAUAAGAAAAAAAAGAAGAGAAAGUUGAAAAAUAGGAAGUUUCAAAUGAGGAUAAUGAUGCUGAAUAUUAUGAUGCUUUAAGAUCAGCAAAAGAAUCUUUGGUUUUAUUAAAAAACAAAUAAAAUUUAUUACCAAUUAAUAAAUUCAAAAUAACUAAUGUUAUUCUAUUGGGAGAAAGACUUUGGUCAUUCAAAGGUGAAUUUAAAAGAGUCUUUUAAGAUUUUGAUAAUAUUGGAGCUUAAAAUGGAGGUUGGACUAUAAGAUGGUAAGGAUUUAAUGGAAAUGAUUAUUGGUCAAAUGAUCUAAAAGUAUCAUCAAAGGCUUCAUCUAUACUAGAUGCUAUUAAGAGUAGAUUUAACUCAGCCAAUAUUUAUUAUAUAUAAUAUUCAGAUCCAACAAAUCUAUAAUUGAUUAAUGAACAAAGAAGCACUUUCAGAAACAACAUCAUAAAUACUUUAGAUUAAUUUAACAGAGAAAAUACAUUAAUCAUCAAUACUCUAGCAGAGAAUCCAUAUGCUGAAUUCAUGGGAGAUAUAGAUUGUGAAUAUUGCAAAACUUAAGAUAAAUAAGGAUGUAUCUAUAAUAAUUGGAUUAAUCAAUAUUUACCUGAUGAAUAACCAACAACUCUAGAGAUAAAUGUUGGAGAUUAUGAAAAACAAGUAUUUUAUUAUUUUUAUUUAAGAUCAUUAAUAUUGUUAGAUAGAAGGAUGUGGAUAUUCCAGUAGUCACAAUCUUAUUUAGUGGUAGACCUAUGAUUAUUACUAAUCCACUUUAAGUUAGUUCAGCAUUUGUGGCAGCUUGGUGGCCAGGUACAGCUGGUGGUGAGGCAGUUGUUUAAUCACUUUUUGGCGAAUAUUUAUUCAAAUCUUAAGGUAAACUUAAUACACUUCCUGUCCCAUGGAUGAGAAAUAUGUAAUAGAUCUCAAACUAUCCCAUCUAUGGAAAUGAAGUUCCCUAAAUUGAAGAUCCUCUUUUUGAAGAAGGUUUUGGAUUAGAAACGAGACCAUAAAACAUUCAAUGAGUC